AUGACACGAAGGGGAACGACGACCUCGACGGCUCCCGAUGGUGCCUCACUAGAGGCGCCAGAGCAACCUUCAUAUCCCCCCGUCGACGGUGGCCGAGAUGCAUGGUUGGUUUUAACUGCCGCCACUAUGAUGGAAAGCCUGAUUUGGGGGUUUCCUUUUGCAUUCGGCGUCUUCCAAGAAUACUAUUCGCGUCAGGAACUAUUCGCCGACUCCAUCCACCAACUCGCCACUAUCGGAACUUGCGCGACAGUUAGUUCAAUUCUAGUAGAGCUGAAAGCAGCUAGGACUGACUUGUUUUCGUCACAGGGUUUGAUGUAUCUCAGCGCCCCUAUAGUUUACAGCACGGUUCGGAAAGUUCCUCGUUAUCGCAAAGCGGUCUGCAUUGUGGGUUUCGUAGUUACGAUAGCAAGUCUCAUCGGUGCAUCAUUCGCGAGCACCUUUUCACAACUAUUGGUGCUCCAAGGCAUUCUGUACGCUCUUGGCGGCUCACUGCUCUACUUUCCAACUAUUAUUUAUAUUGAUGAAUGGUUUUCCAAACGAAAAGGAUUUGCGUGGGGCAUCAUCAUUGCAGGUGGCGGUGCCUCUGGGAUUGUGAUUCCAUUCCUGAUGGAAUGGAUACUAGAUACUUGGGGCUUCCCUACCGCAUUCCGAGUUUGGUCCGUUAUCUUUACAAUUUUGACCAUCCCAGCACUGUUUUACUUGAAGCCUCGGCUUUACAAUAACCAGUUCGACGCAGAUUCAAAUGAAAAUGCUUGGGCAUUCUUCAAAAGCCCUGCAUUCUGGAUAUUCUCAGCUGGGAACCUCGUUCAAAGCAUGGGUUACUUCAUGCCUCUUUUGUAUCUGCCAUCCUUUGCCGUAGCACAAGGCUGGCCCCGGAUGACGGGCACAAUUGCUCUUGCGUUGUGCAACGCGGCCAAUGUGGUUGGCGCCAUCACUGUUGGCUGGCUUGCCGACCACUACCACAUUACGACUGCAAUCAACUUUUGUGCUCUGGGAACAAUGUGCGCUGUGUUUCUAUUCUGGAGCUUUGCCGUGUACCAGCCUGUCGUUUACGUCUUCGCUUUCACAUAUGGGCUUUUCGCCGGAGGAGUCCCUGCAACCUGGUCUGGAUGCAGUAACCCGAUACGGCGGCACUAUCAAGUCGAAGCAGGCAUGAUUAUAUCACUAUUCACCGCUGUAAAGGGUGUAGGUUCUCUUAUUUCGGGUCCACUUAGCGGUGUUCUCGUGGCAUCGGACAGCUGGAAAGGACGGGCUGAGUUUGCCUAUGGAAGCGGAUAUGGAUAUUUGAUCAUCUUUUCGGGUAUCACGGCUUCCUUUGCAGCCACUGGAUGGGUUGGAAAGAGACUAGGAUUAGUUUAG